AAUUCGCGAUCUUGAAGGGGCACGCAAAUGCUUCGAACGUUGCUCCGGAGCCCGCGUCUAAGCGCCGACUGGACCGGCCACUACGAGCACAAGGCCAUCGCAUGGGUCGAGCUGGUCCUCGAUGGUACGAUGAUGGCAGCCUCGUACGCAAUCGCAACGCGUCUCGAGGCGGCGACUGCGCUGCCCGACGUCGUCGAGCCGCUGGUGCUCUUUGGCCUCUUUGUCUCGCUAUGGCAGCUGUACACGCACUUCCACGCGCGCUUUGCCGAGACGUCCUUCUUGCACUACCUGCUCUUGUACUUUGUCGUCGCAGGCGUCGCCUCCAUGGUGCUCUCGCCCAACGUGGGCGCUGCCUUCGGGUACGGGCUCCUUCUAUCCCACCUAUCGAUGCUCGCCAUGUAUGUCAACGCGUUCGCCAUGCUGCCCGAGACGCGCGCACGGCUCUGGCCCGACCUUUGUCUCUUGAGCGCUAGCAGCGCCGUGAUCGGGCUCAGCCUCGUCGUGCCUCACAUCGCCUUUGCCUGCUACGGCGGCGCGCUCUGUCUCGAAACCAUUGUGCAGUUUCUGUGGGCGAUCAAGCGCUGGUGCAUCCCGCUUACGAUCGCGAUUCCCGUCUCGAUCGAGUACAUCACCGAGCGCCAUGGCACGUACGUUGUCGUCGUGCUCCUGCAGACGACGCUCGGCGCGCUCUUCACAAAUGCCGAGCCGACACAAGCCGUGCACCUCUCGCUCCUGCUUGUGUUUACGAUGGCCAUGUUCUACUUUGCGGUCCAACCGCCGCGCGAGCUGCAUGCGAUGCGGCGGUCCGUGGCCCACGGCGUUGUCUUCGUUGCAGCGCACUACGCGCUGCUGCCGACGCUGCUCGUACUGGGCGUCGCCGCCAAGCUCGCGAUGGUGGCAGUCGCCAAGCAGCGCGAGCUGCCGCCGCUCGGACUCUGGCUCCUCUUUGGCAGCAUCUCGGCGACGAUGCUGGCGAUGCUGCUGCUCCGGUCAACGCACUAUGGCGGGCGAAAGCCCCUCGACUCGGACGUGGCCACUAUCAGGUGCAUCAAGGCCUAUUGGUGGAUGCCCAUCGGUCUCUCGUCGCUGCUGCCGCUGGCAAUUGCUUUCGUCUUGCAAGCCUCGACGUCCGAGAAUGGCGUAGACCCGAUACUGGCGCUGGGGGUGGCGGCGGCGUCGCUCUUCGUCUGGGUCGUUGCCGAGACGCUCGUCAUGCACUGGCUUGUCGGCCGUGCGUUCCACAUGACUGCAGGCGAAACAGAUCCGCUCCUUGUGGAGCGGUCGCCGCGCAAACGUGGACGUACGAGCAGCUUCUUUACGGACGACGACUAA